GGCCAUCCCCCACUUGGAGCCAUGCCAAGCUGCUGGACCUCAUCAGCAUUUGGGUUGAGGAGGCUGUCCAGUCCCAGCUACGCGUCAGCCAUAGAAAUUAUGAUACCUAUAUACAGGUUUCAUGAUGCAUUACAGAAAGGGGCCAUGACUGGGACACACGGCAGUGCAGGGUCAAAGUGAAGGAGCUGCGGAACACCUACCACAAGGCGCAGGAGGCAAACCACCGCUCCGGUGCUGCGCCUACGAGCUGCCAGUUCUCCAAAGAGCUGGACGCGAUACUUAGUGGCAACCCCACGUCCACUGCGAAGGCCACUGUGGAUACUUCAGUGGCUCGCAUGCCCGUCGAGAGUGGACUGAGGCAGGAGGAGGAAAUCUUGGAUGAGGAUGUGGAAGGGGACCCAGAGACAGAGAUGCAGGCAGCCAGGAGCUCUUCUCUACCCCGGAGGCUGGCCAGUCACAGCUGUCGGAGCUUGGCAAAGCGCAAACAGGAGAGGAGGCCCCUGCUUCACAGAUACGACCAUGGGAGCCCAGCCUCCCUCUUUGUUAUCGCCGUCUGAACGGCUGCGCAGAAUUAGAAAGCGACCACAAAGAAUUAAAGACAACUUUCUGUGUGAUCUCAUAAUGCACGCCGCUGCCGAAAAACAAGAAUUGAAGGAGUGGUGGGAUAGCGAGAAGAGGGACCGAACGGAGAACGCGGAGCACCAGAACAAAUCCGUUAUGAAGCACCAAGCGGACACGCUCCAGGCGCUGCAAACCAAGCAGCUUCGCGCCCAUCCUCCUCUGCAGCCGCUGUCGCAAAACUCUUUCCCAUGCACCCCCCAGACUCCACCAACACGCUCUUAUCAACCUCCUGGCUCCAGUCUGUACCCACUUCAUUCCACUCCUGCUCCGUCACAGUCCAGCCCUGAGGACUCUCAGUACCCAGUGCACUCAACACCCGUCCCUCUGCAGUUUAGCCCUGCUGAGGUACAGUACCCACUGCACUGUACUCCAAAGGACAAAGUUGCAUACAAUACCUGGACAUACACAAAUUUUUAACCAUCCCAGGACCCCAACUCCUCCUCCCUUCCCCAUCCCCCACAGUGCUGAUGUGUUUUUUUGUCU